AUGAAAUUUGGUAAAAAUCUUGCAUAUCUAUCGAUUCCGGAAUGGAAAGCGUAUAACCUUGACUAUAAUGACUUGAAAGCGAAAAUACGGGAGGCGACCAGAUCUCCCCAUUCCGACUUGACUUCUUUGCACGAGGCCUUCGUGGAGAACUUCAACUACUUGAAUCUUUUCGUCCUGAGCAAAUCCGGUGAGCUUUCCAGGAAGUUGAAGGUUUGCCGGAAUGAGUUCCAACUAAUAGAGCAGGACUCCAAUAGUUCAAAUGCCGAACGGCUAUCCAACCUCACAAGUUUACACUACCAAAUCAUCAACGAGAUUUCCGGUGAGCUUCGGAAGCUUACCAAGUUUAUUCUUGUCCAAAAGAUUGCUGUCAAGAAGAUCCUCAAGAAGUUCAAAAAACACUAUCCUAACGAAGCUUUGGGCCAGGCGUUCAUCGGCUCGUUAACCCAAAUUCUCAUGUCUAACCCCAAGUCCUUCCUUAAUUACGACUUAACUCACUUAACAUCCGAGCUACUGAAUCUUCUUGAUAACGUCACCAGGGAACUGAACUCUUUAAAUGAACUUGUUCAUAAAAAGUAUCUAUACGAACCUAUGCAAGGUCAGCAUCUACCUCGCCCUCUGAUUUCCACGGCCAAGUCUUCAAGAACCAUUACUACCUUAGGCUCAUCGCCAGAAUCUGCUAUUGAUCCCCGUGUCGAGUUUUCUGUGGACCAUAUAGGGAAGUUUGAUCUUGUCUCGAAUGUGAAGAAAAACUUUUCUUUGCAUACCAUCAUUCCAAAAGAUGUAAUCUCAAGAAAUGAUGUGUGUCUUAGCAUUGAAGUUUACUUGAAUAUGCCUAAGCUUGGCAGCGCUUCUCGUGUUCUGAUUACCUAUUUGACCACGGGCAUCGAUGACGCAAAUCCUAGCAGCAUCAUUUCGUACGAGGAACUGGAUUUAUCUAUUAUUAUCGCUUUCACGGGUGGUUUGCGCAAAUACGGAUACUGCAGUCUUCCAAACUCGAUAACCGAAGUGUUAUUAGAAUAUCUCAACGCACAAGGUAAAACGAGGGCUACAUUAGAAACAAAGCUUCUCAGAUAUCUUGACUCGUCAGACCUGUCCAACAUGACUAGAUUAACCCUCAAUCAUCUCAUUGGUAGUGAUCUCAAGCCUUCUCUGAAAAUUGUUUGCACCAGAACAAGGUAUUACCUCUCUAAGGAUUCCACUCAACAUGAGAAUGAAGAUGAUGUCAAAGAUACUCUUUCGGCCUCGCCGUAUGACAACGACCAUGGUCCGGAGUCCAAUACGCCGUCAACUGUCGACACAAAAGUUUAUGAAGACAGUUAUUACAUGCAUUUUGAUGAGGACAUUUUUACGACUAACGAAAUUCAUGGUCAUGUUCUGUUCGAUACAAGUACUAUGGAUCCUUUCCCCUUUAACAAAUUCAGCAUUUACUCCAAUGACUCUAACUUGCAUCAUUUCGAAACUUCGCUCCAAUCAACGAUUACUGAAAACAUCUUGGACUCUAAAUAUAAGGCUAUAACCUUGAAGAAAUUGCCGGUCAAGCUCCAGAAUUUUGUUUCCAACACUUCGGUACACAUGUUGAAGAAUCUCUCCAUUUAUGACUAUAUGCGGUCGUGUUACUUCAACGUGGUUCCAGAUGACAUCAACAAUCAUUAUUCCAAACUUUUGAAUAUAAAUUUGUUCAAAGCAUAUGAAAAUGUUGAAAAUGUGACUAAACAAACUAACGUCGAUGAGACAAUCAGUCAAGAUAAAUCUCGAUCCAUUUUGAAGAGGCAAAUGUCAUGCAAAUCUUUAAAUGGCCUUUCGCUGAGAGUCGCUACGCCAGUAAAUGAGCGCACAAGUCUAUUUGAUAAUGAAUCUGUAUCAAAUUCUCGUCAAACGAAAGACGCUCAAACGUCAAUCGUACUGUCUACGUUUUAUGACACAUAUCACAACCCAUAUGCCCAAAGAUAUAAUGACCUAGAAACUUUGGACGAUAAUGAAGAAGAGGACAGCUAUUUCAUUUACUUGACAUUCAACAGUGAGCUUGAACAUAACUUCUUAAACAAUGUCUUGUUAUCUUUCAUCAAGUUUAAACACAGAGUUAGACGGGCGAUGUACGCAUUUAGAUUUCUUGAUGCAAAUGACAGUAUAUGGAAGCACCACAAGCAACAGUUUUCUGAUCAGAGGGGCUCUAGCAUUCUUAAUUACGACUCGCUCAACGAAGAUCCCACAUACUUGACCAGCGAGGAUGACUACAAAAGGCUAUUCAUCUGUGAUUAUGAUCAUGUUCUUUCCAUUCUUUACUUUACACUCGCUAUCAGCGCAUUAUUCAUUUCUGGUAUUAAUUUAGGCAUUGUUUACGGUUUGCUUAAACUCCAAGAGGAAGAUGUCGAUUUCGGAAUAUUUAACAACCUCUCUGUUGUGUCUAUUCUAGUCCUUGGCUAUCUUUUUGCUUUGAUUUUUGGCAUGACUAGCAUCAAUCUCAGCUUCCAUCGUUUUCGUGAAGUCCCUACUUCGCACUCUUGCAUUAUUUGGGUGGCCUUCAUCGCCGUGGCUUCUACCAUAUUUUGGACUGGUGCGGCUUUAGUCUCGUAA